AAAAAGCAAAAAAAAAAAAAAUUCCUAAAAAUAAAAAAUCUCAUCACCUUCUCUCCUCCUUGCUCUGUAUUUUUUUUUGGGUUUUUCUCUCUCUAAAUCCAUGGAUCCUUCUCUCUCUGUAACCAAUGAUCCUCAUCACCCUCCUCCGUUCGCUACAUCUUUCCCUCCUUUCACCAACUCCAACCCUUACGCCACUCCAAACAACCCCUUCUUCGCCGUCGCACCGCCAAACAACAACCAUCUGUUCCAAGCUCCGCCGCCGCAGCAGCAGCUAACUUCUCCGGUUCCUACUCACCCAUCCUUAAGCCAUCCUCCUUACUCCGACAUGAUAUGUACGGCGAUUUCAGCGUUGAACGAACCAGAUGGGUCAAGCAAGCAAGCGAUUGCGAGGUACAUAGAGAGGAUUUACACUGGGAUACCUACAACUCAUGGUGCUUUGUUGACACACCAUCUCAAGACUUUGAAGAACAGUGGGAUUCUUAUGAUGGUUAAGAAGUCUUACAAGUUAGCAGCUACUGGUCCUCCUACUAGUUUAGCUGUUGCUGCUGCAGCUGCAGCUGCAGCUACUGGUCUUGAACCUCCCAGAUCUGAUUUCUUAGUCAACGAGAACCAACCUUUACCUCAUCCGGUCAUAGCUUCUUCUACUCUUCCGACUCAGAAGCGUGGUCGUGGUCGACCUCCAAAACCAAAACCCGAUGUUCAAGCUCAACCUCAGACUAACGGGAAACCCACCUGGGAACAACAAACUGAAUUACCUGUUUCUCGACCGGAGGAGGUACAGACACAGCCUCCGCCUCCGCCUCAGGUACAGGUACAGAUACAGCCACAGCCGCCGGUUAAGAGACCACCGGGUCGUCCUAGAAAAGAUGGAACUCCCCCGACGGUGAAGCCUGCUGCUACGGUUUCCGGCGGUGUGGAGACUGUGAAACGAAGAGGUAGGCCUCCGAGUGGAAGAGCUGCAGGGAGGGAGAGGAAGCCUGCAGUAGUCUCAGCUCCAGCUUCGGUGUUCCCUUACGUUGCUAAUGGUGGCGUUAGACGUCGAGGGAGACCAAAGAGAGUUGAUGCUGGUGCUUCUUCCUCCGUUGCACCACCGCCACCACCACCACCAGUUAGCGCGGGGAGUGGAGGAGAGGAGGUUGCAGUCAAGAAAAGAGGACGAGGACGGCCUCCUAAGAUCGGAGGUGUUAUCAGAAAGCCUAUGAAGCCGUUGAGACGUUUUCCUCGUUCUGGUAGACCCGUGGGACGACCCACAAGCGAGAGCUAAGGAUAUUGUUACUGUGUUGAAAUCUGAGAUGGGAGGAAGUGAGAAUCGAGCGGUGAUUCAAGCUAUACAGGACCUGGAAGGGUUAACGGAAACAGAGACAACAAAUGAGCCACAGCACAUGGUGCAACUGCCAGACGAGGGACAUGUGCAAGGACAAGGGCAAGCACAAACAGAAGCAGAGGCAAUGCAAGAAGCGCUGUUCUAAAGAGAACCUUGACGCGCUGUUCUAAAGAGAACCUUGACACAAAAAAGCUAGUGGUGAUGAUGGUCGUGUUGUGUGUUCCAUGGAAUAUUUAAUCUUAUAAGGAGUGUUUGCAGGAGAGAUUACAAAAAGAACAAUGGAAUGAUGAUUGUGUCUUUAACCAAACAACAAGGAGAGGUAGGGUAACGUCUGUAAAGUGAAGUAGGAUGUUACCAUUGUUUAUGCUCCCCCAUCUCUCUCCGUCGUCCAUAUCUGUGUAGGAUAGUGCUCUUUGUUUCCUCGUGUUUUUUAGACUCACUCUUGCUCUUGUUCUAUUUUGUCUCUUUUAGGCUUUUUAGAUGUUUGUUGUUGAUGUUUAUCAAACCGCUUAUGUAAUUUUUAAUUUUUAUGACCACGUCCACUUUUAUGAUGCGUUCUUCCUUUUUCUUAAA